ACUGGUGCAAAAAGCAACAUAUUAACUCUCUUUUGCUCGAAACCCGAAGCAAUACAUAAUGGAGAAUAAAAAGAAGACGAGUUUCUCGUUUGAGAUAGAGAACUUCUGGGAGAAAGUAGAUGUGAUACGAUCUCCUAUAUUCUUAAGUGGCGGCUGCGAAUGGUUUGUUGGAGUUCUUCCCAAAGGAAGAAAAGAUGAAGAUCAAUACUUGUCUGUGUACCUCGGCGUUGCGAAUCCUGAAACGCUCCGACUUGGAUGGAAAAGAAGAGCUAGUUUUUCCUUCAUUCUGUUGAAUCAGUCAGGCAAAGAGCUCUGCAGAAGGCCUGAACUCUGUAAGUUGUUCUGUGCUUACACCGAAAAAUGGGGUAGGUCAAAGGAACUGCCCCUUAAAAAGCUUAAAGAAAAAGGAUCUCUGGAGAAUAGCAAACUGAUCGUUAAGGUAGAAAUACAAGUACAUGAAGUUGUUGAUGAAGGAGGUAUAACUGGGAAGGAGAUGGUAGAUUAUAUGGGUUUCCGAGUUCUUGUUUCUCAGGUUGCUCCAGUGAGUAAGCUUUUGAAGAAACACCGGGACAUUGCAGCAAAUUUCAGACAAAGGAGUCAACUCGUGAAGACGGCAUACAUAAAUCUUCUCCUCGGCCUUAUCGAGACACUGAACAAGCCUGCACACAGCUUCACCGAUACUGAGCUAUCCAACGCUCGCAGCGAGUUGAUGGAUCUAACACGAGCAGGAUUCAAGGUUGAUUGGUUGAAGACAAAGCUUGAUAAGCUUUCUCGGGAGAGAAAGAAAGCAAAUAGUCAUGUCCAAAAACCCGAUGAUGAACACAUCAAAUCCGAAGGCUGGCUUGCUCGCUUUUGGAAUAAGUGGAAAGUAAGGUUAGGAGGAUAUGCUCAUGUUCCUUAUGAAAAAAUAGACUAGACGAAAUUUUUAUAAAUAUGUCUUUUUCUUUGGUUUUAGUUUUUUUUCUUUCAUGUUUCUGUUUUGAGUAA